AUGCAGACUUCUGCGGACUCAGUUUUGCCCAAAAAUCAAAAGAGAGGACGGAAGGUGCAUCCAUUCCAGAGAUCUCAGAGCAAAGUAGUGCAGUUUGUGGAAAACAAGCAAGAUGACGAAGAUGAGCUUGAAAAUCAGACAUUGAGUAGAAAUGAGCUCAAGAAAAAGGCCAACGAUCUACUUCGGGUCAGGCAGACCUUUCCUGUGUACCAGAACAAGGAGGAGAUCAUGAAAUACAUUCGGAAGAAUCAAGUUGCGAUCCUUAUCGGUGAGACAGGUUCCGGUAAAUCGACUCAGAUUCCGCAAUUUGUGCUUGACGAUCUUUACGCGGGUCGAUUCAAGGGUGCCAUAGCGGUCACCCAGCCGAGACGAGUCGCUGCGAUAAAUUUGGCCACACGAGUAGCUCAAGAGUAUGGCUGCAACGUAGGAGAGCAGGUCGGUUAUUCUGUGAGAUUUGACAACGCUACGAGCUCGAAAACUCGUCUCAAGUAUCUGACUGAUGGUAUGCUCUUGAGGGAGUCGAUGAUGCACCGUGAUCUGAAGGAGUACAGUGUGGUAGUUAUCGAUGAAGCACACGAGAGAACAGUUCUAACGGAUUUGAUCCUUGGGUUCCUGAAGUCUUUGAUAGAUGGUCCUAGACCUGAUUUGAAGAUAAUCGUCAUGUCAGCAACACUGCAGGCAGAGAGAUUCAGCUCAUUUUUCCACAACGCACCCAUCCUCUUCGUUGAAGGACGUAAGUUCAGCGUUGAUCAGUACUAUUUAGGACAGCCAUGUGAGGACGUAGUCGAUAGCAUGGUGCGUUGUUGCUGCCAGAUCAACCAAGGCGAGCAGAUGGGAGAUAUCCUGUGCUUUCUGCCCGGUCAGGAAGAGAUCGAUAAGGCCGUGGCCAUCAUGAAUAAGAUUUCACCGUGUAUUAGUGAGACCACUGCUGUUCCGCUAAUGGUAGCGCUGCCGCUUUAUGCAGCGCUACCGCCAGCGCAGCAGGCGCUGGUCUUCAGGCCUGUGAAGGGUUUCAAGAGGAAAGUCGUUUUCAGUACCAACAUCGCAGAAACAUCAGUGACUAUCAGCGGGGUCAAGUUCGUGAUAGACUCCGGUCUCCGCAAAGUGAAGGUGUGGCGGCACCAGCUUGGGCUAGCCACCCUGCUCACCGUCCCGAUCUCGAGGGCAAGUGCGAUGCAAAGAACAGGUCGAGCGGGCAGAGAAAGCGAGGGAAAGUGUUUCCGACUGUACCGUGAAGCCGACUACAACCAACUGCCCUUGCAAACAGAGCCUGAGAUUGCUCGAAGCGACGUCACAUCACCUGUUCUGAUGUUGAAGCGGUACGACAUCGACGACGUCGUCAACUGGACAUGGUUCGAAAACCCGGGCAAGGACGCUCUUGUGCUGGCGCUCCAACAGCUCUACGAAUUACAGGCGCUGGACGAGGCGGGCAAGAUCACCUCCCGAGGCAAGCAAAUGGCGCUACUACCGCUGCCCCCUCAGAUGAGCAGCGUGCUAAUCCACGCCCAUGAGAUCAAGUGUCUGUCGCCUGCGAUCGACAUCGUCGCCUGUCUCAGCGUCGACAACUUCCUACUCAACCCUCCUCCAGAGCUACGAGACGAAGUGAAUGAGCGGAGACUCGCACUAUGCAGCGCCGGCAAGAGACACGGCGACCUCAUAAUGAUGAAAGAGCUUUUCGAUUUCGCCUCCCAGAUCCACACUCCGCAAGAGCGCGUAGAAUGGUGCAAACAGCUGUGCGUAUCGCACCGCGCCUUCAAGAACAUCGCUAAAAUAAAGGAACAACUUAGAACAUACUGCAAACAUCUAUUUAACGACGAUGUGACACAACAAGAGGAGAACGAACUAGCCCUAGACACAAACACGAACAUCGCCCGGAUCGUCAAAUGUUUCCUAACCGGUUUUGCCAAGAACACCGCCAUUAGAAUGCCAGACAGAUCCUAUCGAACAGUGCUAACCGGCGAACCCAUCAGCAUACACCCAUCGUCUCUUCUGUUCCUCAACUCUCACUGUCCCGCCAUAAUGUACACAGAGUACCUAUUCACCACUAAGGGAUACGCGCGCAACGUGACGCGUCUCGAGCUCGCCUGGCUGCAGGAGAUUGCCGGUCUCGGCGCCGUUGCCAAGCAGACCGUCGCGUCACACGAGCAAAGUGUCUAA